AUGCACUAUGACGCAGAAGUCGCUUCCAAAUUAUCGAAGUGCACAUACCAUCCCGUUGUUGUAGUCGGUGGUGGCCAUGCCGGAAUCGAAGCCGCCACUGGCUCUGCCCGUACCGGUGUACAAACCACUUUGGUCACUCCUAGCUGGGAAAACGUUGGUACAUUGCUUAAGGAAAUCGAUGCCCUCGAUGGGGUAUGUCCGAGAAUUGUUGAUGAGGCCGGGAUCCAAUUCAAGAUAUUGAACAGGUCCAGGGGGGCAGCCGUGUGGGGGUAUCGUGCACAGAUAGAUAGAGAUCUCUACCUGUCUGAGAUGCAGAAAUACAUCAGAGGUUAUGAGAACCUGAAUAUUGUGGAAAAUAAAAUUGAGGAUUUGGUGAUUGAUUUCAAGGACGCAGAUCAGUUGGGACGACCACGUGGGGUGGUGAAAGGAGUAGUGUUGAUGGAUGGGACGAUGAUGAAGUGUGACAAAGUUGUCAUCACUACGGGGACAUUUUUAGGAGGAGAGAUACAUGUUGGAUUGAAGUGCUGGCCAGCAGGCCGAAUAGAUGAGAUCUCCAGUUUGGGGCUAAGCAAGACGUUCAAGAAGAUUGGAUUUAUGAUGGGAAGGUUGAAGACAGGUACGCCACCUAGAAUUAGUGGAAAGAGUAUAAAUUACGAUCUUGUUUCAAAGGAGUACGGAGAUGAUCCGCCUGAACCGAUGAGUUUUCUCAACGAGAGGCCGAAGAUCAAGGACCAAAUACUGUGUUACGGAACGUACACUACAGAAAAAGUGAAGAGCCUCGUGUUGGACAAUUUAGAGAAGACUUUCCACAUCAGAGAGACAGUGAAAGGACCUAGGUAUUGUCCCUCAUUGGAAUCGAAGAUGCUCAGGUUUGGCGAUAAGCCGAGGCAUAGAGUCUGGCUUGAACCGGAAAGUCUAAACCAAGAAGAAAAUGAUAUUGUGUACCCGAACGGUAUUUCAAUGACGAUGCCGGAGGAUAUUCAAUAUGAGAUUUUAAAGAAUAUCAUUGGUCUUGAAAAUGUGAAGAUGCUGAAGCCUGCAUAUGGUGUGGAGUAUGACUACAUCGAUCCUAGGGAGUUGCACCGGACGUUAGAGACGAAGCUCAUUUCGGGCUUGUAUUUAGCCGGCCAGAUCAACGGUACCACAGGAUAUGAAGAAGCAGCCUCUCAAGGUAUAAUUGCUGGCAUCAACGCGGGUUUGCAUCAGAAGGAUAAUGGUAAAGAGCUUGUUCUUGACAGGUCCGACGGUUACAUUGGCGUCUUGAUCGAUGACUUGAUCACCAAAGGUGUGGAGGAGCCAUAUAGAAUGUUCACUUCCAGGUCUGAGUUCCGGGUCAGCGUGCGUGCCGAUAAUGCCGACUUGAGGCUGACGGAGAAGGGCAGAGAGCUGGGCUGUGUUCGGGAUGAGAGGUGGGAGCUCUAUGUUAAGGACAAGGCUCUCUUCGACUACAGUGUGGAGAAGCUGAAGGACUUCAAGAUGAGCUCGCAGAAGUGGGAUGGAAGGCUUCCUGCCGUGAGUAUCGGCAAUGACUCCAAGUUGAAGUCUGCGUACGAGAUCUUGAAGUACCAGGGUUCUUCUAUCAAUGACAUCCUCGAAGUUGUCGGAGACGAGAAGCUCAACAAGGAGAUGAGUUCGCGGAUCAAGAUGAAGGUGACUGUGGAGGGCAACUACAGCGGGUACAUCAAGAAGGAGAAGGAGUACAUACGGGCCUUCAAGGCCGACGAGAACUUGAAGCUUCCUGUCGACUUCGACUACAAGAGCAUAUCGUCGUUGUCGAGCGAGGUCAUUUCCAAGCUCAACCACAACCGGCCUGAAACGAUAGGACAGGCCCGCAGAAUCCAGGGCGUCACCCCUGCCGCUAUUUUCGAGCUGUACCGUAUCAGUCGAAAGUGA